AUGGGCGCUGCAUGUCUAGCUGUAGUCCGACGCCAAGCGGUACCAAACCCAAAGCCAAUCAUUCGAUGCGAAUCAAAGAAAACUAAGACUGGCUGCUUGACGUGGAGCGACGGGUCAAAUGCGACGAAACGAGGCCGUGCUGCAAAAGUAUUUUCUGGUCCCAACUCCCGCGAAACUCGGGCGUCAGCCAUCCCGAUUGCGCAGCAACUUGACAACUUCCAAGGCGAUGAAGUUGAGCGGCGGCUUUUCGACUUCUUCCGCGCUGAGAUUGCACACCAAAUUGGCGGGUUCCUUGAAGAAGACUUUUGGGCCACCACUUUGCUCCAACUCGGCCACUCGGAGCGGUUUGUCCUUCAGACCAUUGUCGCCAUCACAGCUUUUUUUGAACAAGGGAUGAACCACCUCGGCGGCGACUAUUUUUCUUAUCUGGUUUCCAGUAGGACUUGGGAGUAUUAUCAGAGAGCGCUUGAGGGCGCACGUCAACGCACACAGGCAAGCGGGUCAGAUCUUGUGACAAUACUGAGCUGCCCCUUAUUCUUAUGCAUGGAAUUUCUACAACGCAGAAAGAUUCAGUCCAUGGUCUUGUUUCUCAAUGGUCGCGCUUUGAUGCAAAUGUUCGAUAAGCAGAGCCAAAUUACGUCUAACUCGACCAUAACCAGAAGAUGCGUAUCCUCAAUGUUUGACAGGCUCACAAUGAUGUCAAGGCUGUUUGGACACUAUUCUACCACUCGGCCCCAGCCGUCCAUAAAUAUAAAUACAAGAGCACCAUCAACGUUUGAUUGCCUCAGAGGAGCACGGGAUGCUCUUUUCAAACUGCUGAUGCUCGCCCAUGAGUUUAUCAAGAACUUGAAUGAAGCCCACUGUUGGCGGCUACCUGCCCAGGCGCUGAGUGAGGAAGAGUUACAACAACGAAAGCAGCUCCUAGUCCAGUUGGAGAAGUGGAGCUGGAAUCUCCAUGGUUUGGUCACGGAUCUUGGAACAUCAGCUAUUGGCUUGUCUGCGACACUCCGUAUGUGGUAUCUGACUGCGGUGAUAUGGCUUAACAACCCGCUUGAGGGCUGUGAGAUGUCGUUCGAUAGCAGCUACGAAUGGUUUCAGACCGUGAUCCACCAUGCUAAAGAGGUCCUGAUGGCCCAGCCAGAAAAGCGAAGAGUUCUACAAUUCUUCACCUUUGAGAUGGGGAUCCUAGCACCUCUAUACUACACUGCCGUCAAAUGUCGACAUUUCACACUACGAAAUCAGGCCUUGGACUGCAUGCGAAGGGCUCCAAGGCAGGAAGGGCUCUGGAGAAGAGAUGAACUGGUAUACGUUGCAUCGAGAGCAAUUGAGCUUGAGACAACACCCGACCCCGACAUAACUACAUUACCCUCCGAAAGCCAGCGGAUUUUGAAGGUAAAGAUUUUUCAAACCAGUGGUGUCAAUGAGAUAAAGGCUGCUUUCACCUAUAUGAAUAACACAAUCGAAGAAGUUUGGAAUGUUCCUUGA